UUAGGGAAGCACAAACAUCCGUCUGGGCAACUGACGGAAACUGUCAACUAUGUGUUGAAAUAGUUAAAAUAAUCGGGUUUAGUUUUUCAAAAGCGUUUCUUAAGGCGAAGAUAAAUCCCUCGGACACAUCCACCAGGCGGAUGGACCGGGAGCUUGACGCGCUGUCGUCAGCGGAAGUUGUUUUUGUAGUUCGGACGGAGCAUGUAUGCUAGCUGGGAGACAGCUGACAGCUGGAAGAGCAUGUUAGCUAGCUGGGAAGCAGCUGCUCCCGGUGAGCAGCAGCCGGGGAACCCGGUCCAGGAGGAGGACAUGGACCUGGACCUGGACCUGGAGUUGGCUAAAAUGACGAUCGAAGACCUGAUCUUUAAGGUCCAGGCUGUGCAGACGGACAGCACCACGACGGACACCGGCGUCAACACGGAGCCAGACUGGGAGAGCCAGGUGGCCGCCGUGUUCCAGUUCGGCUCCCAGCUGAAGGAGCGCUACGAGCGUCUGCAGAGGGAGCAGGAGGAGGAGAAGGAGGUGCAGGAGAGGCACAAAGUUCAACUGAAGAAGAGGAGGGAGGAAGGCAUCCGGCAGCACCAGGCUCUGCUGGAGAAACUGGAGUCGCUGCGGGUGAAGCUGCAGCUCAACAACUCCAAGGCCACCAGGAAAAACUUCGAGAGCAAGAAACGGGAGCUGCUGACGGAGAGGAACCGAGCGGAGGAGGAAAGGAACAGACUGGCGAAGGAGCUGGAGGAGAGCGACAGGAAGCUGUCGGCGCUGGACGAGGAGCAGGGCGAGGAGCAGCGGCGCUGGGCGGAGGAGCUGCAGCAGCUGAGGAGGGAGAUGGAGCGGCUGAAGAAGGAGGCGGCCAAAGCCCAGCUGCAGGCCCUCCGGGACGAGAUCGCCGCCGUGGAGAAGCAGAGAGACGGCGCCAUGUCCCGCAUCGAGGCCUGGCUCAAAGAGGUGGCGCAGUACCUGAACACCCUGCGGGUGGAGUUCCCUCAGCAGUACCACCACGACCGGGGGAAGUGGGAGAAGAAGGAGGGUCUGGUCCGGAAGAGCCAGGCGGAGCUGCAGAGCCGCUUCCAGGAGGUUCUGCAGCAGCUGCAGCAGGGUCGCGAGUUGGACUCCCUGCCCAGGAUCAACGUGCCGACGCUGCCGCACGUCCCCACGGCCGACCUCAAGUUCAGACAGGUGAUGCAGGCGGUGACGCAGCCGCCCCCCCAGUACCCGCUCUACCAGCCCCCCCUCCCACACUACUACCCGCCCCGCCACAGACACCCCCACCCGCGCCACCCCCUGCACCGCGGCGCCUUCCACCCUCCUCCUCACAUGCACUACCCCCCUCCUCACCACCAGGCUCCGCCCCCUUUCCACACCCCGGCGAGGGCGACGCCCCCUCCCAGCCUGUCCCCGUCCCCGCCGGUCCAACCCGUGGGCCCGUCCCCGCCCCCCGCCGCGCCGUCGGCCCCGGCGGAGAAGCUGGAGAAGGUUCUGGAGAAGCUGGGGGCCCGGUUCCCGCAGUGCGGCAAGCCGCAGCUGAUGUCGCUGCUGCAGCAGGUGAAGAGUUCCCGCGGGACGCUGGCCGGGAUGUCGGUGGAGGACCUGAUGGAGCAGGUCGGCUUCAAGCUGAGCCAGAGCGAGCGCUCGGCGCUGGGGCCCAUCGGCCGGCCCGCCCCGGGGCCCAUCCAGAGGCCCCCGCCCCCCGCCGGGCCCCGCAAGCUCUGCCUCAUGUGCCAGAACCAUGUGGACCCGGAGAACCGGCACCCGCUGUCCUGCUCACACACCAUCCACAGAGACUGCAUCCAGAUGUGGCUCCAGUCCAGCAAGAACAACUCCUGUCCCUUCUGUCCGGGCCAGUAACGGACCGGACCGGACCGGACCGGACCCGGACCGGACCGGACCCGGACCGGACCCGGACCAGACCGGACCCGGACCGGACCCGUAUUGGAUGGCUUUUCGGUUCUGUUU